AUGUUGUCAGGUUGUCCCUCAGAACGUUGUCCCUCAGAACGUUGUCCCUCAGAACAUUGUCCCUCAGAACGUUGUCAGGGUGUCCCUCAGAACGUUGUCUGGUUGUCCCUCAGAACGUUGUCCCUCAGAACAUUGUCCCUCAGAACGUUGUCAGGUUGUCCCUCAGAACGUUGUCUGGUUGUCCCUCAGAACGUUGUCUGGUUGUCCCUCAGAACGUUGUCCCUCAGAACGUUGUCCCUCAGAACGUUGUCCCUCAGAACGUUGUCCCUCAGAACAUUGUCAGGUUGUCCCUCAGAACAUUGUCAGGUUGUCCCUCAGAACAUUGUCCCUCAGAACGUUGUCUGGUUGUCCCUCAGAACGUUGUCAGGGUGUCCCUCAGAACGUUGUCCCUCAGAACGUUGUCCCUCAGAACGUUGUCAGGAUGUCCCUCAGAACGUUGUCAGGGUGUCCCUCAGAACGUUGUCAGGUUGUCCCUCAGAACGUUGUCUGGUUGUCCCUCAGAACGUUGUCAGGAUGUCCCUCAGAACGUUGUCCCUCAGAACGUUGUCCCUCAGAACGUUGUCAGGUUGUCCCUCAGAACGUUGUCCCUCAGAACAUUGUCCCUCAGAACGUUGUCAGGUUGUCCCUCAGAACAUUGUCAGGUUGUCCCUCAGAACGUUGUCCCUCAGAACGUUGUCCCUCAGAACGUUGUCAGGAUGUCCCUCAGAACGUUGUCCCUCAGAACGUUGUCAGGAUGUCCCUCAGAACGUUGUCCCUCAGAACGUUGUCCCUCAGAACGUUGUCAGGUUGUCCCUCAGAACGUUGUCCCUGAGAACGUUGUCAGGGUGUCCCUCAGAACGUUGUCAGGGUGUCCCUCAGAACGUUGUCAGGGUUCAGGAUGUCCCUCAGAACGUUGUCAGGGUGUCCCUCAGAACGUUGUCAGGGUGUCCCUCAGAACGUUGUCAGGGUGUCCCUCAGAACGUUGUCCCUCAGAACGUUGUCAGGAUGUCCCUCAGAACGUUGUCAGGGUGUCCCUCAGAACGUUGUCAGGAUGUCCCUCAGAACGUUGUCAGGAUGUCCCUCAGAACGUUGUCAGGGUGUCCCUCAGAACGUUGUCAGGGUGUCCCUCAGAACGUUGUCAGGGUGUCCCUCAGAACGUUGUCAGGGUGUCCCUCAGAACGUUGUCAGGGUGUCCCUCAGAACGUUGUCAGGGUGUCCCUCAGAACGUUGUCCCUCAGAACGUUGUCAGGUUGUCCCUCAGAACGUUGUCAGCAUGAGUAGGAGUGCUGAUGGAGGACGUAACGAAUAAGAAGAGGUUUGGACUGCUUCUAGAUCACGAGCCCUGAACAAGGUUCUCCUCUACCCUCAGUCCCCUCAGGAAGAACAGGACCUGGUUAAACAAACGUCUGUUUGUUCUGAUCACACGUCAGGAACUGUAUCUCGGUGGGGUGGGGCUUAACAGAAGGUCCACUACAGGGCCCUGGUCAACACUAAUAUAGGGAAUGUGGGGAGGGGGGUGGAGGGCGGCCAUUUUGUGACUGAGCGAAGUCAUCCACUGCACCUUCAACUGGAGAAAUCUGGAGCGGACAGACGAGCGACGUGUUUACCCUCGGUGUUCGUUACAACACCGUCACUUUCAGAAGGAAUUAAGGACUUUACAAGUGGAUCGAAAUGUAAAUAUUACGUUUGUUGUUUUUUUUUAAAGAAGGAAAUAAUAUGUUUGGAUGUAAAUAAAUUAGUUUCAUUGUUUUA